AUGAAAUACGAAACUUUUGCGGCUUGGCUGCUGACCGCUGCCCUCCCAGCCGUCGCAACCGCAGUCUCAACGGACCACUACCACGAUGGCGCACUAGCGGUACGAGACGUUCCGACCACGCAGGAGCAGAUUGCAGAGGAUGAGGACAAGUUUGACCCUGACGAGUAUGCAGACGUCGACCUGGGGCUUGACGGAAGCGGAAUCCUGGACGCCCGAGAUGCUUUCACGUCAGCGCGCUUGCUGGCCAGAGAGCAAAGGAUCGCUCGACUGGAAAGGCGGAAUCUCCUUAAGCUGACUACCUCGCUGACUAGUUCGGCUGUCAGUGUUGCCAAAAGUUUGCUCGGCAAGGGGUCCAAGGCCCCGGCUUCUUCUGCAUCAACUUCUGCUGUCAAGACGACGGCUCCGACUACUUCGUCGUCCGUGACUAAGCAGCCCACAACUAAGGCAGCCGACACUACCAAGGCCCCCGAGACCAAGUCGGCAGAUGCCGCUAAGAGCACCGAACCUCAAGCGGCAAACCCUCCCAAAAUCCCGGAGAACAAACCCACAACACCAGCAGGAACUACUGGAGGAACUCCAACAGCUCCGGCGACGCCGGCAACUCCGGCAUCACCGGGUGCAGGCAACCCGUCACCAAAUACCGCGGAUGGAGGCAAAUCUGCGGCGGGUGGCGCUAAUCCGACUAAGGAAACGACGAAGACGGGGGCAGGAAGCACCGAUGCGACCAAGCAGACUACUACCGGGGCAGGCGGUGUCGAUCCGAGCAAGCAAACGACAGGAGCAGGGGCCGCCGACCCCACUAAACAAACGACAACGGGGGCAACAGGGGCCGAUCCGACCAAGCAAACAACGACAACGGGGACAGGGGUUGCGGACCCGAGCAAGCAGACGACGGCGGGUACGGGAAGCGCCGAUCCGACCAAACAAACAACAGGAGCAGGAAGUGCCGAUGCGACUAAGCAAACUACUACCGGGGCAGGCGGUGCCGUUCCGGCUAAGCAAACAACGACAACGGGAGCAGGGCCCGCUGACCCGACUAAACAAACGACAACGGGAGCAACAGGGGCCGACCCGACCAAGCAAACAACGACGGGAGCAGGGGACGCGGCUGCAAAAUCGCCCACCACUGGGCAAGCUCCAGGAGUUCAACCCACUCCCAUGGUGGGCAGUUCGGGCGCAACAACACCCGCUCAAGGCACUCAGGCACAACUGCAGCCGGUCGCGGCAAACUCCAAGUCAGGGGCCGUCGCUCCCGGAGCCCUUGCCGCCGGGGGAGCCGUCACUGGAGCGGCUGGCGCCGCUGCCACUACCAAUGGAGCAGUCCCGCAAACCCCGCAGACUGGUUCUGCCAAGUCUUCCACCAGGGUCAACCCAGCGACGGCAGCUUUGCCCAACGCAGCAGCAAACCCUGCUGGGACUCCCACAACCGGUGGCCAGCAGUCUUCUAUUCCUCCUGCCACAAAGGCUCAGACCUCUGGGGCCAACCCUAACGUUGUCGGCUCAGCCACCACGCCUCAGACUGCUCCGAAUGGGGGCGCGGCGUCGGCGGUCUCGCCUUCCACGGGCGUUAAAAACCUCCCAGCAGACGCCAACGGGGUGCAGAGUUGGUCGAAGCAGCCUGGAACCGGCGCUGUACCUGGAGCAGGGACUGGUGCCGUGUCUGGUACCGCCACCGGCGCUCUGCCCAAGCAGCAAUCUGGCGCUGGCGCUAUACCUGGCGACGGAACUGGUGCCGUGUCUGGUGGAGCGACCGGUGCCUUGCCCAAGCAGCAAUCUGGCGCCGGCGCAGCGACCGUCCCUACCACAACUGUCAACGACGCUGCCUUAACGCCAACCAAGAAAGAACAAAAGGCCAUGGAGAAGCACGCCGAAAAGCAAGAGAAGGAGGCCAAAAAGGCAGACAAGAAGGCCCAGGAUGCCGAGAACAAGGCGCUGAAAGCGGAGCAAAAGGCAAUUAACAAGGCCAAUGGCGGCGGGACCCUGAACACGUUGACUGGCCUGGCCGCCGGUGGCGGUAUGGGAAUGGGAUUGGGUGGUAUGGGCAUGGGCAUGAAUGGCGGAAUGGGUACUGGAAUGGGUACUGGAAUGGGUGACGAAGUGCCCUUGGAAGGCGACGUGCCCAUGGACGGCGAGCUACCUUUGGAUGACGGAACUGGCAAUGGUCAGUACGCCGACGGCAUGGAUGCCCAAGAUCAGUCUCUCAGCGAUCCCAACAUGACGGGUGGAGAGCUUGACACCAUGCUGGACCAGGACCCCAACGCAUUGGCGCAGCAGCCCAACGCUAUGGGUGGCAACCUCAACGGUCAGCAGCAAGGCUCCAACGGCUAUGCCGAUGAGUUUGGGGACGAGGGCUACUACGACGAAGAUCCCAACGGCGCGCAAGCCGGCAACCCCUCUGCCGGCCAGUUCGAUGAUGACGAGGGCUUCUUCGACGGCGAGGACGAUGGCACGUACAAUUCGCAAUCAGUGACGGGGCAGCAAGGUGCAGGGGGUGCUGCUACUGCUGCAGGCGCCGGAAAGGUCAAGACUGCAGUCAUGCCGACCGGCUGGAACGAGGAUUCGACACUUGCUGGCCAGCAAGCCACAGGCGCUGCCGCCAAUCCAUCUGCCGGAAAGUCCACCGGCAUGCCACAGACGCAGGCCGGAACGAUGCAGACUCAAGUCAUGCCGGCUACUGGGAAUGCGGGAGCGGCCUGGAAGAGGUCGAGGAUUGCGCGGGCUUUAGUUGUAUGA